AUGGAAAUGGACUGUGUUCUACUGGACUGUGUUCUACUGGACUGUGUUCUAGUGGACUGUGUUCUACUGGACUGUGUUCUAGUGGACUGUGUUCUAGUGGACUGUGUUCGAGUGGACUGUGUUCUAGUGGACUGUGUUCUAGUGGACUGUGUUCUACUGGACUGUGUUCUAGUGGACUGUGUUCUAGUGGACUGUGUUCUAGUGGACUGUGUUCGAGUGGACUGUGUUCUAGUGGACUGUGUUCUAGUGGACUGUGUUCUACUGGACUGUGUUCUAGUGGACUGUGUUCUAGUGGACUGUGUUCCAGUGGACUGUGUUCCAGUGGACUGUGUUCCAGUGGACUGUGUUCUAGUGGACUGUGUUCUAGUGGACUGUGUUCCAGUGGACUGUGUUCCAGUGGACUGUGAUCCAGUGGACUGUGUUCCAGUGGACUGUGUUCCAGUGGACUGUGAUCCAGUGGACUGUGUUCCAGUGGACUGUGGUCCAGUGGACUGUGAUCCAGUAGACUGUGUUCCAGUGGACUGUGCUCCAGUGGACUGUGUUCUAGUGGACUGUGUUCUAGUGGACUGUGUUCUAAUGGACUGUGUUCCAGUGGACUGUGCUCCAGUGGACUGUGUACCAGUGGACUGUGAUCCAGUGGACUGUGUUCCAGUGCUUUAG